AUGACAAAACGUCGGCCGAAAAACAAAAAACCAGCGGGAUUAAAUCGUUUUUUGGGAAAUCGCUUAUUAAAUGAACGUGAAAAAUUGCGGCAACAAUCCCGGAAAAGACAACAAGCCUAUAGUGCCGAGAAUCUGGCUGAAAUUAAUAAGAACACGGCACAAAAUAUUGACUCUGUAACCGAUGAAACCGGUCUUGAAGAAUUUCUAGCCAAGGCAGAACUUGCUGGGACAAAUUUUACAUCCGAACGAGGGGAAUUUUGUGUGCUGGAUUUGGAAAAUUCGAGAGCUGUAAGUACCACAAAUGUCGCUUACUCAGUGGAUGAACUGUAUAGAAAGUACGGUGACCGAUUACGGAUUCCUCGUCGACCACCGAAACAUGCAUGGGAAACAGUGAAUGAUUUAGCACAAUUGGAAAAUACAUAUUUUUUGGAAUGGCGUAAAAAUCUUGCUGACUUACAAGAGGGUUGUGGUGUGCUGUUAACUCCAUUUGAGAGAAACCUGGAACUGUGGAGACAACUUUGGCGAGUCGUUGAACGAAGUGAUAUCGUUGUACAGGUUUUGGAUGCUCGAAAUCCGUUGCUCUUCCGGAAUUUGGAUUUAGAGGCAUAUAUUAAGGAGUGUGAUGUCGCGAAGCAAAGUAUAUACUUGAUCAAUAAAGUUGAUUUAUUAUCGAAUAAACAAAUAGAGAUGUGGAAAAAAUGGUUCUUAGAAAAUAAUAUAGAUGCCGUUUUUUGGUCGGCUUUGGAACCAAAAGCUAGUUAUGAUAGUAACACAGUAAUAAAAGAGCUGACUGAACAGUGCGGGCGAGAAUCAUCUAGCAGUUCAAAUGAAAAUGAAAAAAUAGAGAAUGAGGAACAGAAUUCCGAAGAAUCAUCAAGAAGUAUAAAUGGAGACGAUGACAAUAGCAAACGGAGGAGGAGUUUUGAAGUGAAGCUGUCACAGAAUAUUGAUAUCUCAGAAGAAAAAAUUCCGAUUAUACGUCAUGCUGCGGAACUAAUAUCAUUUUUCAAGUCUCGAGGUCGUAUCCGAACAAAUGAUAAAGGAAGGCGCUGUCUUGUUGUUGGAAUGGUUGGUUACCCAAAUGUUGGUAAAAGUUCUACAAUAAAUAAGCUACUGAAUCAAAAGAAAGUAGCAGUAUCCACUACACCUGGAAAAACGCGACAUCUGCAGACACUGUUGGUUGAUGAGGAGCUUAUUUUAUGUGAUUGUCCUGGACUUGUGAUGCCGUCAUUUGCAUUAAACCGAAGUGAAAUGAUUCUGAAUGGAAUUCUUCCAAUCGACCAUAUGCGCGAGUACUUAUCUCCAGUUGAAUUACUGUUAACGCGGGUCCCGCGGAAAUGUUUUGAAAACAUUUAUUCGGUGAUGCUGGCGAACAUUACUGAUAGUGGUGAUGAUGAAGAAACGCUUACUGCGCAUGAUCUGCUUACAGCAAUUGCAUUCAUGAGAGGCUACAUGUCAUCAUCUGGCGUACCAGAUUGUUCACGGGCGGCACGUUUAGUGCUGAAAAAUGUUGUAGAUGGUAAAGUAAAAUGGAUUGCUGCACCACCAAAUGUGGAUCAAAAAGAAUUUGAUAAGUUAACUUAUGUACUGGAUGAAGCGAGUUCACUGAAACCGAAGCCAACUAAUGGGAUUAUGCAACAGCUUGAAAAACGUCAUUUAUUGCAUGAUAUGAAGCAUUCAGACAGAUUGUUAGAUGAACAGUUUUUUCUUUGUUCGAGCAGUCAGGUCCAUGUUCGUCCCUUGCGUUCUACACCGAACUUUACUCCAUCGCAAAGAGAUGGAACCCAAUCGUCGAAGAAACAUUUUAACAAAAGUAAACACGAGAAAUUACGGAGGAUUUUUGUUGAUUAA